CACUUUCACAUUAAACAAAUGUAAAAUAAUAAUUCUCCGCGUGCUAAAACUGCAUGAGAAAAAAAAAACAAAGUCCAAAUCUGUAUAGGAAUAUAAAUUUCGUGUAUAAAUAUCGAAGAUCUCUUCGAUUUCUCAUUGUCUACAAUCCAUCUCCUUCUUCUUCGUCUUCUUCCUGCGUUCUCUGCGAGGAAAAGCAUUACGCAUACACAGUUGCAACAAUGUCGCCCAAGGAACUCAUGCAGAUGUUCGAGCAGUUCGACAAGAACGGCGACGGAAAAAUCUCCGGCGAAGAAUUCCGCAGCGUUUUCAGGGCGUUUUCUCCGUCGCUAUCUGCGGAGGAGCUCGACAAGAUGAUGGAGGAGUUCGACGUCGACGGAGACGGCUACAUCGACGCCGUCGAGUUCGUGACGUGUAUGCAGCGUUCCCAUAACGCCGACGCGCUCGGAUCGCCGUCGCCAUCGCCCUCGCAAUCGCAAUCGCACCGCGAUUUGAGGGAAGCGUUUGAGAUGUACGACGCGGACGGCGACGGGAAGAUAUCGGCGAUGGAGCUUCACGUGGUUUUGCGGAGGUUGGGGGAGAAGUGCACCGUAGAUGAUUGCCGGAGAAUGAUCCGAGCGGUCGACGUUGACGGCGACGGUCACGUCGAUUUCGAGGAGUUUAAGAAGAUGAUGUCUUCUUCUUUUUGAGCGAUUUUUAUGUUUUUUCUCUAUAAAUUUUAAAUAACU